AUGGUAAAAUUCUCCAUCGAAAAAAAGACCAUCCUCGGACGUCUGGGCAAAAUCGAUAGCUGGGGGCCAGUAGACGUCAACCACGCCACACCAUCAUGUAUGACGUACCUAAGAGCCGGACACAUUCCCCAUUUGACAUGGGACGUGGCUGAAAAUCAGCUGAAACUCUCGCAAACCCCAAUUUAUCAAAUGACACUGCCUUCGCUGAUUUCCAAUGCCAAAAUUAUUGAAAAAUUCGGAAAAGGCGUCGCUAAAUUCGUUGGAAUGGGUGCUCUAGAGUCUCCGGCAAUCCAUUUGAGCCCUUUUGAUCCGUUGGGAAAACUUCCGAGUGGUUAUAACGACUCAAAAUCCAUUGCCAUAUGGACAGCCAAUGGAAAAGUGUCGCUGGACGUUAAAACGUAUCGGAAUACGGUCAAUUCGUUUGGCUGCGGGUCGUUUGAGACGCUGGUUGACUAUGAUUUGCCCCGGGAUGCGGGGCACAAGAAGCUGCUGAAGGCGGUCGAUCGGACCACGACGUUUAAUGAGCAGAUUUUCAAGCAGGACGAGAAAAUCGACGGUGAACGGAUCGUCGCGCUGGGCGGUGGUUUCAGCAAGUACCACCGACGAAAAUGUGCCGUUGACAUUGGUUUGGCUGAAAAUACGGCGGCGUAUACUGUAGAAUUUCAUGAAUUCGUCGAGGGAAUGGAGACAGACGAGAUGGAGAUGAAGGAGUUGUUGGAGGAGACGUUUUCUCCUCUGCCUCCCACAAAACUCCGCUGCAUUUCCGGUCCAUUCAACCCAAAAACCGUACUCUUUCUGGUCCAACAAGGCAUCGACCUGUUCGACUCGUCAUUCGCCAUCAAACUGGCCGAAGAGGGUCACGCCUUCUGCCUGGCAGACGACUAUCCGACGUCUUCAAAAUAUGAAGUCGUGGAUUUCAAAGAUCAAGAAAAGUUUGCCGACGAUUUUACGCCGGUUUUCGAUGGAUGCGGCUGUUAUACGUGCACGAAAUACACGAAGGGCUAUCUUCAACACCUUCUGAAUACCAAGGAACUUCUGGCGUCGAUUUUGUUGGUCAUUCACAAUAUGUCGGAAUAUGAUCGAAUGUUCAAAUUGAUUCGGAAAUCGUUGGAAAAUUCGGAAGGAUUGUGA